UCAGCUACGGCGCUGGGAUCAGCGCGUGCGACAAGGGCGAGCAGUGGCAGCGGGCCCUGGCGCUGUUCAGUGAGAUGCGGGAGGCGAAGCUGGAGCCUAACGCCACCUUCAUCUACUGCGCUGGGAUCAGCGCGUGCGGGAAGGGCGUGCAGUGGCAGCGGGCGUUGGCGCUGCUCAGCGAAAUGUGCGUGGUGGAGCUGGAGCUCGACGUCGUCACUACAACGCUGGGAUAUGCGCGUGCGAGAAGGGUGAGCAGUGGCAGAGGGCUUUGGCGCUGA